GAAAAGACCUCGACACAAGCAUACACAAAAACCUACAAAUGUCCAUCGGGAAUUUAUAGAACCGAAAGUAUAAAUAUAAGUUGUAAUUCUAAUAUCAAAAUUACCAUAAAAUAUUAGAAUAUUUAAACAGAGCGUAAGAUACAAGCAAUAUACCUAGUGCUCAGGGGCUACGAGUCAAAAUGGAUAAAACCGCAGAACGUCAGGUUAGGCUGGAGGGAGUGGAGCGCGUGCUCAAGAUGUCCCAGGAGCGCAUUAAGAUAGCGAUGAUCAUACCGAAGCUGCUGGAGAAUCCCGAGAAGCUAAAGAGCGUCCUCAAGGGCACCUGCUAUGAGGAGGUCCUAGAGCCCAUCGACGCCAUGAUCCACCAUCUGGGCAAGCAGACUGGAAAAUCCAAGCUGCCACACGAUCACACCACCAUGCGAAUUGUGGAUUUCUUCCUGGUCAACCACAGCAUCCACCGAUUCUUCCCGCACCUGAAGCACAACCUCAACGAGCGGGAUCGCCAGCUGCUGGCCGCCUUUCACUUUCUCCUGGAGAGCGCCCACAUGCACCUGCACCGGUCUUCGCGGAGCGAGAUCACCAAGGAGCGGAAGCUACAUGCCAUUUACCACCAGAACGUGGACAUCCAGAAGAAGAUCAAGGAGCUGAAGGCGAGCCUGGCCUUCCAGAAGGUCAUUGGCAAGUGGAAGACGGCCGCCAAGGGCAUCUACCUGAUGAAGGUCGAGGAGGAUCUGGCCAACAAGAAGUGGCAGAACAACGUGGCCAUUCAGAACGAAAUCGAAAAAUGUAAUCGCACGAUGCGUAACUACCACAAGGGCAGCAUGGACAGGCAAAAGGAACUGGAGGAGGAGCUAACUAAUGCCCGGGAGAGUUACGAAAAGAUGACCAAGAAGAAUCUGGCCGAAGAGCAUGAACUGCGCAGCGAAAAAAAUAAGCUGCUUCUGCAACUGCAGAGCAUGCUUAAAAAAUACGACACCAGUCUGGGUGAAAAGAUGCGCGAGAAUCUGGUGGCGCAGGACCAGUUCCUGGUGGCCAAGAAGAUCCUGGACGACUUCAUGGUCCAGUUCAAGCAGGAGGAGCGUGUCUACAAGAACAUCGUGGUGAAGCGGGAGGAGGAGGAGCGCCGCAUCCAGCAGCAGAAGCUGGUGAUCUUCAUGAUGAACCGGGCGGCGGCCAAGAUCCAGAAGUACUGGCGCAAGUGGAAGAAGGAUCAGCGCAAGAGGAAGCGCCAGGGCAAGGGCAAGGGCAAGAAGGGAAAGUAGUCGCCCGACCAUAUCUCUACUUAUUUCUACAUUGUACCAUUUAUAUGUAGAAGUUCGAAUAUAAUUUAUCAAUCUCAAGUUUCACAUCCUCUUUUGAGGACACCCACUCCUAGGUUAAAAAGUUAA